AUGGCCGACCUGGGGAAGAAGUACUGCGUUAACUGCCUCGCAGACGUUACGAACCUGCGGCUUCGCUGCACCGACUGCCCCGAUAUCGAGCUGUGUCCGGAGUGCUUCUCGGCGGGCGCAGAAAUCGGCAACCACCGGAGAUGGCACGGCUACCAGCAGGUCGACGGCGGUCGGUUCUCCCUCUGGGGUCCCGAGGCGGAGGGAGGAUGGACCAGCAGGGAAGAGCAGUCGCUGCUCGAUGCUAUCGAGCAAUACGGAUUUGGAAACUGGGAGGACAUGGCUGCUCACGUCGGCGCCUCCCGAACUCCUCAGGAAGUCAUGGAACAUUACGUCACCAUGUACAUCCACGGAAACUUAGGUAAGGCCUGCAUCCCUGACAGUAUUCCAAACCGGGUCACCGACCACACCUGUCCAAGUGGCGGUCCGCUGUCGCCCAGCCUCACCACGCCGCUCCCUCCGCUGGACAUCAGCCUAGCUGAGCAGCAGCAGCUGGGCUACAUGCCGCUACGUGACGACUACGAGAUCGAGUAUGACCAGGACGCUGAGAAGCUCAUCAGCGGGCUGUCAGUCAACUACGACGACGAGGAUGUGGAAAUUGAGAUGAAACGCGCCCAUGUCGACAUGUAUGUACGCAAGCUCAGAGAACGGCAGCGACGUAAGAACAUCGCUCGGGACUACAGCCUGGUGCCUGCAUUCCUGGGCCGAGACAAGAAAGACAAGGAGAAGGAGAAACCGGGGACGCUGGGGGUUGUGGGGGCUGCCGGUGGUGUGGUUGGAGCAGGAGCUGGCGGUGGAACAAUUGGAUCAGGUUCCACGACAGGAGCGGGAUCGGGUCCUGUUCCAAGUACACCCAAAAGAAAGAUCACCAAGGAGGAGAAGGAGCAGCGAGUGAGGCUGCGGGGGCUCUGCCAGUUCAUGGCCCACCGGGAGUUUGAAGACUUCUUUGAGAACAUGCAUAAAGAGAGACUACUGAGGGCCAAGGUGAGAGAGCUGCAGCGCUACCGACGCAACGGCAUCACGCGUCUGGAGGAGUCUGCCGAAUAUGAAGCGGCAAGGCACAAACGGGAGAAACGCAAGGAGAACAAAAGCGUGGUCACCUCCAAACGGGGCAGCUCAGGAAGUGGAGGCCUCAGCUCCGGGAUGGGACUCGGUGGCGGAGCUGGAGGUGGGGGAGGCGUUGCUGGAGGGAUGGGAGUCGGAGGUGGGAUCAAAGAAGAGGGCAAAGAUGGCGAGUUUGCCGCCAUCGAGAAUCUGACGGGCUUUGAGCUGCUGUCGGACAGGGAGAAGGUUCUGUGUAACUCCCUCAACCUCAGCCCGGCACGCUACCUGACUGUCAAAACCAUCAUCAUCAAAGAUCACCUGCAGAAAAGGCAAGGCAUCCCGGCCAAGAGCCGACUGCCCAGCUACCUGGACAAGGUUCUCAAGAAGCGCAUUCUCACCUUCCUCACGGAGAGCGGCUGGAUAUCCCGAGACGCUUCUUAGCGAUCUGAUUCUGACGAAGCUGAUGAUAGCUGGUAGCUGAUGUGAGCUUCGGAGGCAGCACAAAACUACCAGCGUUUACGGUUUCUUGUCAGGGGUGACCUUGUGAAUAUGUAAAGAAACAGAAUGCCCCACUGGAUAAAAGUUCUUAUUUUCGUAUGUGGGAAUGUGACGGGUGGAAUUCAUCCUUGUGGGUUCACCAUGAGUUCUGUCCAUAAUGUUUCUACAUGAUGAUAGCUACAAUGCUAACGCCAAUGGGAGGUGCAAGUUGUUUUAGUGCUACUGAAGGCAUAUAUGUUGAAAUAUUACUACAAAUUCAACCAACAACAGGGCAAAAGCCAUUUCAUGCUGAAAAAAAGGUUAUACCAGAAAAUUUUUCUGAAUGUUCUUAGUAAUUAUUUCAGCCAAUACUAGCUAGCUGGUGACAGAAAUGAUCAAAAGCUGUGGUUUUACGGUCUCUUAAACUGUUUUGUUUGGCAUUUCAUCAGUGGAUAACUUUCCAAGGGCGAGGGGACGAUAGUGCAAAAGCAACACCUAUUGUCAGCGUUAAAAUAGGUUGACAAAGAGCAAACGUGAUCAAUCACCUGGCCUGAUAUAUCUUCUGAUUGCAGCUUACUGCUGAUAUAUUGGUAUCAGCACAUAGGUUGGCCCUAGAAAUGCCAAAGAACAUGCUGAUAAGGACACAGUCUGUCUUCCAGAGGACGCUGCCAUGUUUAUUUUUCAUCGGAAAUAUACCAAUAUAUCAGUAGGCAUCAGUGUUUAAUAGCCAAAUUUUUUGUAUUUAAUUGAAACCCUUGAAGCCCUUGCAUCAGUUAUUUAAAGUGUGGUUAACACGAGGAGUCGUUUAAUCAGAUUCAUUGUCGUGGACUCCGGACAGCUUGACACUGUCUGAAUAUCGUAUGUAUACAGCUUCCCCGACUUCAAAUAAUUCCUGAAGAUCUCUAUUUCUCUCUCAUAGAUUGCCAGAGUUUUCUUUGUUUCAGCUGGCUUUCUGUCUGGCUUCUUCCAAUGUUGCUUUGCUGCCACUUUCCAUCAACAGGCAGUUAAUGGAAACAAUUAUUUCCCUUUUUGUUUUUGGUAACAUUUCCAACAUUCACUUUAGAUUUGAAAACUAUAGGAAGCAACAAGAGGUUUUGGGGUGUGUUUUGCUCUUGUUUUUACUCACUGUGGGCUCAUUUUUUGCUGCAAUAGAAAGUCCUGCACCCCUAUGGAAACAACAGAACCGUUAUUAGAAGGAGAGAGAGCUCAGAAGUGUGCACAGGUGUUAUCAAUACUGGGACGACUUCUGUUUUCACUGUCUGCAGUUCAUCUUAGUUCACUGAAUAGUCACUAAAUGUCUUCAGUCACUAAGGCUUCCUGGUUGCACAGAAGAGCAUGGACUUAUUUUUUUUUUUUCACAGAAUUGGUUGGCAAAUUUUCACAUCGGCAUGUAGAAUAAAGUGAUUCUGAUGAAAUAGUACGAUUUUUAAGUUGAGAUUCGGGCAGUUUUCCCGACCAACCAGCACGGCACAGACGAGUAGUUCAAGGACCGCCAGAAAGUCGAGAUUUUUGUUGAGUGAUUUGUUGUUUUGACACUUUCUGGCCCUGAUAAAUUGGGUAAUUUGGCGAUUUUUGCAAGGAGUAUCCAUAUUAGUAUUGCCCUAGAGAAUAACACCCAUAUUGCUCUUGCUCUAAUUUCUGUUUUAUGCAAGACUUUUAGCUUGUUACGUGAAAUUAGCGUGGAGGAAAAGCUCCACAACCAACCUUUCGUUAUUUAUUGACAUCUAGUUCAGCUGUUCUCCAGUGUUCUCCCUAUAUAAGUUUCCCGUAUUUACACCAGACUUGACGUCCGCCUUUUGGUCGACCACUUCACACAGCUUUGUGAAACCAGAUGUUACAUGCCCCACCUCCUUUGGCAGCCUAUCAUUACUUGCCAUCACUUUGUUUUGAAGGCAGCAGCAGCAGCGGUGACUCACAAUGCGCCAAUGUGCUAUUUAAAUGCAAAUUAGAUUAUUGAAUCGGCCAUCGUUUCACGGCAAGAGAGCUCAAAUACAAGAAGAAAAGCACUCUUAUGGAUGUUACCUGUGCUGGAAUAAGUGCUAGAUUCCUGUUCUUGUCUUCCAAGAAGUUUCUGCAUUAGGAUUGUGAAUCUCUUACGUCUUUUAUGUAUAUUUCACUUCAUGUGGUGCCCCAAACCUUGUACAAAAUCCCACAUAAAGACCAACAAUCACUGAAUCCUACAAACGAGUGGUGUUUUGCACUGGGUGACUCUUUUUCACUUUUUCUGCUACUGCAAAGUCACCAGAGCAUCAGAUCUGCAUUAAUCCACGACAGAAAAUAGUGUCCAAGUUUGAACAAUAAUUGCUAUAAAUGCGGAUAUUUAUGAGGCUCAUGUCUUCCACAGAAAUCCAUGGGUGAGGGAGUGUGGGAGACGUUUAGUUUUUUCACGAGAUUUGUUGACAAAAAGAUCUUCCUUCUUCCCUUUUUUUUUUGUUGCAAUGAACGCCCCGUUAUCCAAGAGCAGAUUGUUUUUCUACUUGUUUCCAGCAGUCUAGAUUAUGUAGAAAAGCAAUCGAAAAGAACUUCUAAUCAUUUUUCCACCAUUUAUGGUGGGUAAACUCCAGUACAUAGACGAGUUUUUUUAGACUGUUCCAGCCCACUGCUAAUGUGUUUGUAAUGGAUUUGGGUUUAUUGAAGAUGCAGAACGAGCAUUGUGUUGGUUCUGUACGAUAAAGAUAUGAAGCAUUUUUCAAGUUGGGAAAAUUCCACUUCACCCAGAAUGUUCCAUUUGAUGUUCUUUCUUUGUCUAAUUCCUACCUUAGUGGCUUGUAAUUCGAAGACAGACUUUUAUUUUGACAUUUUCUUCUGCUCGUGCAACUAAAUGUUCCAGGUUUGGGUUUAAAGGAAAACUCGUUCCCGUCGGGGAAUUAUUUUUUGUAAGGGGGGAUUUCGCUUACUUUACCAAAUGUAAAUAAUUUUGUAUGAUAAUUUGAGGGGAAAAAUAUAAUUACUGACCUGUGAAAUGUACAGUAUUUUGUGUCAUGGAAAUUUUUUUUAUAGCUUUUGUAAUUAAAAAAAAAAAGAAAGUUUUUGGAUUUAAAAGAAGCCAUGUUUUGUGCGGCUUUGGUUCUCGUCAUGGCAUGCUGUUGAGCUGUCGUACAUCUUGUUGACCGUCUGAUACUGUCGAGAUGUUGUGCUGUUCCAUUACUUUGUUGUUCAACAUGACAAGUAUGGAGAUGUAUUAAAAGUGCAACUACUUUAUACUUCUAAA